AAAGCCAUUUAAAUAUACAAUCAAAUAAUCUAAAUAUUCAAUAUUACAUGAUAACUACGAGAAUGUCAACUCAGUGCUAGUUUUGUGGUGAUAGUGCAAUCAACAGUCGUCAAUGCGAAGUGGGGCGCUAGCGGCGAUGGAGGCGGAACCGGACUUCAACAUAUUCGACAACAAGGCCGGACUGGCGGACGACAUGAAGUUCCUGGCGAGCAUGCCGGAACUCUGUGACGUCACGUUCCUGGUUGGUGACACGAGGGAGCCGGUGUGCGCUGUUAAGGCGGUGCUGGCGUCUAGGAGCAGAGUAUUCCAAAAAAUGCUAUACCAAGCUCCGAGUCCUCAGCGCAAAAAAGAACCGGCACCGCGGGAGAACAAGCUUCGGUUGUUCCUGAAAAGAUCCUCCGAACCCCUUCUGAAUCUCCAAAACGCCGCGCAGCAGAGAUCUGCUUUCGCGCAGCAAUUGGCUCCAAUACAAGAGCCAUCAUCGCAGCAGCAUCAGACUCUGAUCAUCGAGGAGUUUGAGCCUGACGUAUUCCGUCAACUGAUUGAGUACAUCCACACCGGUUGUGUCACCCUGCAACCCAGGACGUUGCUAGGAGUAAUGAACGCAGCCGACUACUACGGGCUGGACGAGCUCCGUCGUGCGUGCGCCGGCUUCGUACAAUGCUGCAUCACCGUGGAUACUGUCUGCGCACUGUUAGCAUCCGCCGAGAGAUAUAUACAGUAUAAGUGCACUAAGUCGCUGGUGCAGAAGGUUCUGGAGUUUGUGGACGAGCACGGCAACGAGGUUCUCAACCUUGGGUCCUUCACGCUGCUGCCGCAACACGUCGUCAGGCUCAUAUUGGCAAGAGACGAGUUGAGAGCCGACGAGUUUACCAAGUUUCAAGCCGCUUUGAUGUGGAGCAAGAAAUACUGCGAUACGAAUCAAAACAUGAUCCUGAAGGAUGUGAUCGGCAAUUUCCUGGAAUACAUCCAGUUUCACAAGAUACCAGCUAAUGUUCUGAUGAGGGAGGUCCACCCGCUUGGACUGGUGCCGUAUUCUAUAAUCAUGAACGCUUUGGCUUAUCAGGCAGACCCGGCCAGCGUAGAUCCUGGCAAGCUAUCCCCGGCUCGAGUGCGCCGCGCGGGCCGCUCCAUGUCUGUGCAGUCAUCGCUCGACCCCUACGGCUCAAACACCACCCUCUCCUCCACCGGCUCGAGCGAUGUCCCGUCCUCAGACUCUCGGCACAACUAACGCGAGGGGAAUGUCCCCCAUCCCGCGCCCGAUCCUGUCCCUGGACCUUCCACAGCUCAAGACAAACCACCCGAAAAACU